CCCUGCAAACCCAAACUCUUGAGAAGAGAGCGAAGCCCAGCGACGGAAGAGGAGCAGCAACCGGCAACGCGGGGUCGACGCUUUGGGCGCCAAUCGCGCCAUCGCUCUAAGGAAGACCUCCUAUCCAGCCACCCCGGCGAAGCCAGCUUUGAUCGACGCCUACCUAUUGCUGGUGGGCCAUGGCUGAGGGGACGGGCUGCGAGGUGCCCAAAGCGUGCUUGGCCAAGAUCGUGAUGGUGGGGGAUUCCUUCGUGGGGAAAACCUCGAUCCUGAGGCGAUACACCGACUUUUGCACCACCGCCUGCGCGCCGCCGUCCUCCUACAUCACCACUGUCGGCAUUGAUUUUAAAGUGAAAACAAUUUCAUGUGAUAAUACAACUAUGAAACUUCAAAUAUGGGAUACAGCUGGCCAGGAAAGAUUUCAUACAUUUACUACUAGUUUUUUCCGAGGAGCACAUGGAUUUGUUCUUGUUUAUGAUAUCACAGAUGGAAAAAGCUUUCAAGGAAUUUCACACUGGAUGAAAGAUAUAUAUGAGAAAGUGGGUGAAAAUACAGACAUAAUACUGCUGGGUAACAAGUGUGAUAAGGAGGCAGAACGUAUAAUUUCAAAAAACAAAGGAGAAAAGGUCUAUCUGGUUCCGUUCAGUCUGGCAAAGAUCCUUCACAUCAUUUACUAUCUGAUCUUUUUACUGGGUAUCUCAACAACUAAACAUGAUUAUGCUUGCAUUGAAAACAUAUGCUGCACCAUAUGCUCCACAAUGAUGUCUAUUUUCAUCAUUUUUAAUCUUGCUUGGGAAUAUGGAAUACCUUUCUUUGAGACCAGUGCAAAGGAUAAUAUAAAUAUUGAAAAUGCAUUUUCAGUUCUAGCCAAAGAAAUAUUGAACAAGAAUUCCUGUGUAUUACUCAACUUAGAUGUGGUGGACCUAAAUGAAAAACUACAAACAAGAUCUUGCUGCAAAUUGUGACUGUACAAAGAAAGAGAAAGCUACUAAUAUUGGUGACUUGUAUAUAUAUCAAAGACUUGAAUCUCUAACAGAUAAAAUUACUCAGUUACACUGAUGCUAACAAAUGAACAGAUUCUUUAUCCAUUGACAUUUUAUGUAAUUUCUGUGGCAAGCCAAACAUUUGAUUUACAUUAUACAUCAUAACUGUAAAGGUUAUUCAGGAUAGAAGAGUAAAAAAAACAAACUAUCUUUAAAUAUUAGCCAUCAUAGCUUAUUUAAACAAUAAACCAAAAAGAUAAACAUGACAUCUUUGUGAAGAUCUGAAUUCAUAUUUACUAGUGAGCACUUUUAAAUACUUUGUAAAAUGAGAAAAGGGAAGAAAGAACUUAGUAUGAACUCAGGAAUGAUGGUCACAUCAAAGCCUCCAAAGCAACCCAAAAUCACAAACACCCAUGAAUUACCUGUAAAUAAAGAUUGAGCAACAACUGAUUUCUCCAUCUCUCUCCAAGAUUCCAAGAAUGCUUUUACAACACACACUUCCUUCUGAGGCCCCUACCAGUUCUCCAGCAUCUUUAGUUUCCAUUAGGAAGGGACAGAAUCUUACAAGUAAGAAUGUGCCUCAGACUUUAUACUUAGGAAAUGCCUUUUAACACUAAUUGAGACAGUCAUUUCUAUUUUUGGGUACUUAUCAAUAAGCAACAACUUAGGUUCUUUAAAAAAAGCCUUUUACCAGAAACAACUAGAGAAACUAAUCACUUGCAGAAGCUUAAACAUUAAGAGAGCGCAGUGUGGAUUUAACAAGAAGGGACAUUUAAUCUCCAAUAAGAGAGGGAUUCUGUAUUACUGUAUAAUGAAAAGAGGGAGAGAAGAAUUAAUAACAAUUGGCUCCUUCAAGUCUCCCUACUUAAGAGUUUACAAGAGUUGUUUGGACACCAAAAGAUCUCUUGUUUUAACUUCAAGCAAAUUCCUCCAAAGUUAACUGUAUCUGAUAGACUUACAUGCAGCUAAAUGAUUACCCAGUGAAAUAGGAUGUAAACAUUUGUUGACAUUGAAACACCCUACAAUCCCUGUAUGCAGGUCAAAAUGAUGGAUAUGUUGGAAUGUAAAUUGGAAAUCUCUCUAUACAUACAGGAGA